UUGGUGCGGGAGUUCAUAUGAUCAUUUCGUAAAAAAAAAGAAAAUAAACAAUUUCUGAUCGGGUGGCGGUGUAAUAUUUCUCGAUUUAUUUUCGUGACUGGUGCACGUGGCAGCGAACAGGUAGCAAAUAAAUUGGCUCGAGAUCGAAUUGCAUCGAUCACGUGUUUUUUGCUUAAUUGGUCGAGUAAUUAUAAACAAAAUGCCGUACUAUUCUGAACUUGGAAUAUACAUGAGUCCUACUAGUAGUUACACGGGCACGUACGUGCCAGGUCCGUACUCCAAUCAUUCCUCUUUGUUGCCCUCGAACUUCACUAGACCUCCUCCUUUGAUUAAACCGAGGAAUUUCCGCGGAUAUAAACCCCUUCUGGCAACUAUUACAGAAAACCAGUCGGCUUUAAGAAGGGUCAACUCACCCAAGCUGCAUUCACACAGCUCGCCCAAGGUGGUGGUGGCCAAACCCAUCAAAAUCAACACAGCGGACAUCGACGUCUCCGUCAACAAAUACAGGAAAUAUGAAAGGUCCAAGCCGAUAGAUGACAAAAUCGAGCGCAAAUCCCCCAGUCCUAGUACCAUAGAAAGCCCCAGAAGCUCCGUCGAACAAAAGGAAGCUAAACCCAAUAAAAUCAUCCGAAGGGACAGACCCACGGUGCGCCUACGGACCAUCCACACUGACAUGGUCCCAAAUGACUUCUCCACGUCCAACAAACGCUGGAGAGACAACUUCGAACCCCAAGAACUCUAUUCAAACCUAAAAAAAGACGACGAUAAACCCAAAAAAACACCAGGCGAAUUACUCAAAGAAAAAUUCUUGAUUCGUAGUAGAGAGGACAUUUUUAAAGAACCCGAGAAAAAGGUAAGCCGGCGAGGAUCCAAGAAAUCGACCAUCCAAAAAACGCCAAGUUUCCACGACAUUUGUCAAGCCAUCACGACCAACCAAAUCAACGAGGAGCUAAACCCAGGACAACCCAUAGAAAUACAAAGGCGACAAAGUCGACGAUUUUCCACUGAAGAAAUUUUCAAAGAACUGAAACGAAAUUCAGCUGAGUUGGGGCCUGAAAUCGACGCCAUAAUGAAUCAGAAGAACAACGAAAUUACAGAGGCCAGUCAAACCGAGAGUCGGGUCAGCGUGAAACGAAAGAAAAAACUAACCAAGAAAAAAUCAAACGAGAAGGUCGUUCUUCCACAAACCCCGACAACUCCGGACGUCGACGGUAACAAAUCGUUGCUUCAGCGAAGACCCACUCAGAAGAAAAUCAAAAGAACUUCGACUAGUAGCAGUCUGGAUAGUGAUAUCGUGGACGUCGAUCCCGAAACGGAAAAAGCCUACCAAGAAGCCAUUAGAGACAUAUCGCAAGUAGAAAUAGAAAAAAUUAAAGUCAAACCUAAACCUAUAAUCACCGCCACGGUUGACGUCGAAGAAAUGCCAGCCUUGAAAGCCGUAGUCGACGAUGUAGAAAUCAUAGAAUCGCCUAAGCCUAAAAAGACUAAUAAGUUCAAAUUCAAUGUGAUAGUAGAAGAGAUAGAGGAAGCGAAGCGAAAAUCGAUGAAGAUUCCGAAGAAGGGGGAAGAACAGAAGGGCGUGGUGCACGUGCCGAAAUCCAAAGAGCUUGUCAUUUCGAACAUUUUGAAGAAGAACCACAGCGCACACGUUGGACACAUUUUGGACGAUAUUAAGGAGCGACCGAAGCAUGAAGCAAGUGCGCUGAAAGCAGACCAAAAAGAACAAGAAAUCAGUACAAAGGAUAGCGCCAAAAAGACACAAGAGCACGAAGAAAUUGUCAGUGUGGCAAAACACGAAAUAAAGAAACCAGAACUAAGUCAAGUGCAAAAGAGCGAAAAGGUUGUCACACCAGAAGUGAAGAAAACAUCUGCACACAUAGAAAUGAAGAAAGUUGACGACGAUCAAAACGUGAAAGAAGAAAAUUUGACGAAAGCAACCAGCGAAGCUAAAGUAGGCGAGAAAAAAGCUCCAGAAGUGAAGAGGUCGUCAGUGCAGUUGGUACUGAAGAAAACUAGCAGUGAAGAGAAGAUUGAACAAUUGAAGAAGAAACCAGAAGAACUUGCAGAAUCAAUAGAAGAAAGCAAACCACAAGAGCAACUCAUACAGAAACCAGAACUAAAAGCCGCAGACCAAGAAAAUCUAGCCAAAAUCGUAGACGACAAAACACCGGUGAAGAAGCCGGAAGAUAUUUUGAAGAAAAGUUCCAGCUUUGAGGAACAAUCGAAGUUUAAAGUUGAUAAUGACGCCAAAUUGGUGAAAAAAAGUAGCAGCGCCGAGAAAGUUGACAUUAAAACCCAACAAAGAGAAGAAAUUGGUGACCAAAACAAAUUACAAGGAAAAUUAGCGGCGAUACCGAAACCUCUCGUUAAUCUGCAACCAAAACGUGACAAACUUGAAAAAGACGCGAAAACUGAGAAUCCACAAAGCCCAAAAACCAGGUUUCCAAAAUUAGGAAAACAACUCAGUUUGACGAAAACUGAAGAUAAGUUAGUCGCGCCAAAAACGCCAGAUUCAGAGGGCGAAAACUUCUGGGCUUUGAUUGGUCCACGGGAAAGUAUAUACAUAAGGCCGAGGAAAGUGAUAAGGCCUGUUCCUCCUCCGACGCCGCCUCCUUUGCCUCCAACAGAAGAAAGGUUAGAAAGUUUGGUUGAAAAGGAGGUGGAGAUUGAAGAUACUAAAGCGCAGAAGAAAGUGGAACCUAAAAAGGAACCGACACCACCUCAGUCACCUCUACUUCAAAAGGAUGAAAAAUUGGUUGAAAAGAAGUUAGAAAAAGAAGAAAUUAAAGCACAGACGAAAGUGGAACCAAAGAAGGAAGAUUUGAAGGUGCAACCACCAACACCACCACAAUCACUUCUUCUUCAGAAGGAAGAAACAAUAGUGGAAAAGAAGUUACAAAAAGAAGAAACUAAAGCACAGACGAAAAUAGAGCCCAAGAAGGAAGAAUUGAAGGUGCAAACACCAACACCACCGCAGUCACCUCUAGUUCAAAAGGAAGAAAAACUAGUUGAAAAGAAGUUGCAAAAAGAAGAAACUAAAACACAGACGAAAAUAGAACCAAAGAAGGUACCAACACCACCGCAAUCACUUCAACUUCAAAAGGAAGAAAAAUCAGUUGAAAAGAAGUUGCAAAAAGAAGAAACUAAAACACAGACGAAAAUAGAAUCAAAUAAGGUACCAACACCACCGCAAUCACCUCUAUUUCAAAAGGAAGAAAAACUAGUUGAAAAGAAGUUGCAAAAAGAAGAAACUAAAACACCGACGAAAAUAGAACCAAAGAAGGUACUAACACCACCGCAAUCACUUCAACUUCAAAAGGAAGAAAAAUUAGUUGAAAAGAAGUUGCAAAAAGAAGAAACUAAACCCCAGACGAAAGUAGAGCCCAAGAAGGACGAAUUGAAGGUGCAAACACCAACACCACCGCAGUCACUUCUACUCCAAAAGGAAGAAAAAUCAGUUGAAAAGAAGUUGCAAAAAGAAGAAAAUAAAACACAGACGAAAAUAGAACCAAAGACGGUACAAACACCAACACCCCCACAAUCACCUCUGCUCCAAAAGGAAGAAAAAUUAGUUGAAAAGAAGCUGCAAAAAGAAGAAACUAAACCCCAGACGAAAGCAGAACCCAAGAAGGAAGAUUCGAAAGUGCAAACACCAACAUCGCAAUCACCUCAACUUCAAAAGGAAGAAAAAUUAGUUGAACAGAAGCUGCCAAAAGAAGAAACUAAAGCGCAGACGAAAGUAGAACUGAAGAAAGUGCAAACUCCAACACCACCGCAAACACAAAAGGAAGAAAAAAUAGUUGAAAAGAAGCAGCAGAAAGAAGAAACUAAACCACAGACGAAGUUGCAACCAAAAAAGACAGAACCCAAGAAACCUCAACCCGAAAACUUGGAAAAAGACACCCCCAAACCUCUUGGUCGUCUAACUCCAAAGAAAAUCGGUCCUUCGAAACGGUCUCUGGUCAACAAAGCCAACAAGGACGAUCCAGAUCUGGUCGUGUUUGAGCCACCAGAGCCCGAACCUGAACCCGAACCUGAACCCGAACCCGAGAAAUCCUCCUUCGUUCCUUUGCAGUCUAAUCGGUUAUCGCUUUCCCAGUUCAUGCACCCUUUCAAAAAACCCGAACAACAUGAUGUGUGUCCUGUGGAAUUGUACGCGACUCCGAAAGUAAUCAGACAUAGGCAUUACCCGAGGCCGAGGCAUCCGGUGCCUGUGCAAGAGUUGGACAGUGAGGAAACUAGUGAGGAAGACACCGAAAGUGAAGAAACGUCGUCGGAUGAUGAGUCUGACGACAAUACGGUGUAUGGCAGUAACAAAGUUGGUGCAAGUACGUCCUCAAAUGACUCUGGCUUUGAUUCGGGCGUCCCUGGCAGCAGAAAUAAGGGUUCGACCGAAACCCGAGACUCGCCCACGUCGAAUCCAGCCCGAAACCCGGCUUUAUCGCUGGACCCUAGCGACCUCCUGGAGGAGUUCAGCCACUCCAGCACCUACGCCGGCUUCCAGCGAAGCGGCAGAAUCACACCCCCGGCCACCACCAUCCCCAGAUUCCGCAAGUACUGCGUGGAAGACUUCACCUUCCUCAAAGUACUGGGAAAAGGAAGCUUCGGAAAGGUGCUUCUAGCCGAGCUGAAGAACACCGAAUAUUAUUACGCUAUUAAGUGCUUGAAGAAGGACGUGGUGUUGGAGGACGACGACGUCGAGUGCACCCUCAUCGAGAGAAAAGUGCUGGCGUUGGCCACCAAACACCCAUACUUAUGCCACUUGUUGUGCACUUUUCAGACAGAAUCGCAUUUGUUCUUCGUCAUGGAGUACCUCAACGGCGGCGACCUCAUGUUCCACAUCCAGAAAGAGGGUCGUUUUCCCGAAGUCCGGGCCCGCUUUUACGGCGCCGAAAUCGUGUCGGGUCUGAAAUUCCUCCACAACAAAGGCAUCGUUUACAGAGACCUCAAACUCGACAACAUCCUCCUGGACUUCGACGGCCACGUCCGAAUCGCGGACUUCGGGAUGUGCAAACUCCAAAUCUUCCUCGACCGAAUGGCAGACACCUUCUGCGGAACCCCCGACUACAUGGCCCCCGAGAUCAUCAAAGGCCAGCACUACAACCAGUGCGUGGACUGGUGGUCCUUCGGGGUCCUCCUCUACGAAAUGUUAAUCGGGCAAUCCCCCUUCAGCGGGUGCGACGAAGACGAGCUCUUCUGGUCCAUCUGCAACGAAAAACCCGUCAUACCCAGGUACCUGACGGCCGAAGCCAGCGCCGUUGUCCUACUGUUUCUAGAGAAAGACGGCAACAAGAGGCUGGGUAACCGGUUUUGUCCGGCUGGAGAUAUCCAGGAUCAACCGUUCUUCCAACCCAUCCUGUGGGAUCGGUUAGAAACCAGGAUGUUGGAGCCUCCAUUUAAACCAAAUUUGCAACAUCCGCUGGAUACGCAAUAUUUCGAUAAAACUUUUACUGUGGAGAAGGCGAAGCUCACGCCCAUUGAGCAGAAUAUUUUACAGUCGAUGGAUCAGACUCAGUUCCAAGGGUUUAGUUACACGAAUCCGAAUGCUACGGACAAAUGAGAGUUAGAUUAAGAAUUGGGAGAUUCGAGUCGUCUCGUUAAGAGACAAGUGAUUGGAUGAUUAAUGUUCCUGUGGCUAUAGUUGGUCCUGUAGAUAUUUUCAGGAUGAAAGAAAAUGAUUUAGAUCUGGGCGAUGUUCGGUGAUAGACUUUCACUUUAUUUAUUUUGUUAUUUUUAUUUAUUGUGUCUCCUCUUUUUACACCGUGAGUAUAUUUUGUAUAUGAGGAUUUGUAUAUAUUUACUAUGAUAGAUAUAUCUGUGCCACGUUUAGAAAACUCGUG